UUGAGGAUAUAAAACCAACCCCACGGGCUCAAGCCCAUUGAUCAAGUGUUAUCUACCAGUAGCACCAUGAAAUUCAUCAUUGUUGCCCUCUGCUUCACCCUCAGCCUGGCUGGCCUGACCAGCUCAGAAAAACUUUUAGACCACGUGAACUCCGUGGAGAACGCAUCCCGAUUGGAUCCGUCUUUAUGCCUGCUCCCACCUGCGAGGGGCAACUGCAAGUCUCAGAUUCUUCGCUACUACUACAACGCAACCUCUCGUAACUGCGAGGCUUUCAUCUACAGUGGCUGCCAUGGCAAUGGCAACAAUUUUGAUUCAGUGCAGUGUUGCUUGAAGACCUGUAGAUUCAACAAGAACAGGAAUGAUUAUAACUGAAGCUGAUACUGACCAUUCUGGGAGCAGCUAGACUGUCACAUCACGUCCUUGACCAGCCCUACUGCCAUUCAGACCCUGAUGAUGUUGUCCUGUUUCUCUCCCUCUAUGAUUCCCUCUUCUGGUACAAUAAAGCAUUAACAGCA